GCCGCGUCAGCUGGUGCCUGGGAGUCGACGGCGACGGGAGGCGGAGACACCCGGGAGCCGAGGCGCCUCUCCGGUCCCCGCCGAGCGUCCACCCGCAGGCCGAGGCCGCUCGGACUUCCCGCGGCGGGAGGAAGCCCCCUCCGCCCGAGGGUAUCUGAAGAUUUGCAUACAACUGUUUUGAAGAUCCUGUUUGGACAAUGGCUACUCAAGCUGACUUGAUGGAAUUGGACAUGGCCAUGGAACCAGACAGAAAGGCAGCCGUCAGUCACUGGCAGCAGCAGUCCUACCUGGACUCUGGGAUCCAUUCUGGUGCCACCACCACAGCACCUUCUCUGAGUGGCAAAGGCAACCCCGAGGAAGAAGAUGUAGACACCUCCCAGGUCCUGUACGAGUGGGAGCAAGGGUUUUCCCAGCCCUUCACUCAAGAGCAAGUCACUGAUAUUGAUGGGCAGUAUGCGAUGACUCGAGCUCAGCGGGUACGAGCCGCCAUGUUCCCCGAGACAUUAGAUGAGGGCAUGCAGAUCCCAUCCACACAGUUUGAUGCCGCUCAUCCCACUAAUGUCCAGCGUCUGGCAGAACCAUCCCAGAUGCUGAAACAUGCCGUUGUAAACCUGAUUAACUAUCAAGACGAUGCAGAACUUGCCACACGUGCAAUCCCUGAGCUGACAAAACUGCUAAAUGAUGAGGACCAGGUGGUGGUUAAUAAAGCUGCUGUUAUGGUCCAUCAGCUUUCUAAAAAGGAAGCUUCCAGACAUGCCAUCAUGCGUUCUCCUCAGAUGGUGUCUGCUAUCGUACGCACCAUGCAGAAUACAAAUGAUGUAGAAACAGCUCGCUGCACUGCUGGAACUUUACACAACCUCUCUCAUCACCGUGAGGGCUUGUUGGCCAUCUUCAAGUCUGGAGGCAUUCCUGCCCUGGUGAAAAUGCUUGGCUCACCAGUGGACUCUGUAUUGUUUUACGCCAUCACAACUCUCCACAACCUUUUAUUACAUCAAGAAGGAGCUAAAAUGGCAGUGCGUUUGGCUGGUGGGCUGCAGAAAAUGGUUGCUUUGCUCAGCAAGACAAAUGUGAAGUUCUUGGCUAUCACCACAGACUGCCUUCAGAUUUUAGCAUAUGGCAAUCAAGAAAGCAAGCUGAUCAUUCUGGCUAGUGGUGGACCCCAAGCUUUGGUGAACAUAAUGAGGACCUACACCUAUGAGAAGUUGCUGUGGACCACGAGCAGAGUGCUGAAGGUGCUGUCUGUGUGCUCCAGCAAUAAGCCGGCCAUCGUGGAGGCUGGUGGAAUGCAGGCAUUAGGCCUUCACCUGACAGAUCCGAGCCAGCGCCUUGUUCAGAACUGUCUCUGGACUCUGAGGAACCUUUCAGAUGCUGCAACAAAACAGGAGGGAAUGGAAGGCCUCCUUGGAACACUUGUUCAGCUUCUGGGUUCCGAUGACAUAAAUGUGGUCACAUGUGCAGCUGGAAUUCUUUCUAAUCUCACUUGCAAUAACUACAAGAACAAGAUGAUGGUGUGCCAAGUGGGCGGCAUAGAGGCUCUUGUGCGCACUGUCCUUCGUGCUGGUGACAGGGAGGACAUCACUGAGCCUGCCAUCUGUGCUCUCCGUCAUCUGACCAGCAGACAUCAGGAAGCUGAGAUGGCACAGAAUGCUGUUCGUCUUCAUUAUGGACUGCCUGUCGUGGUCAAACUCUUGCACCCACCGUCCCAUUGGCCUCUUAUAAAGGCCACUGUUGGGUUGAUUCGAAAUCUUGCCCUUUGCCCUGCAAACCACGCGCCUUUGCGCGAGCAGGGUGCCAUCCCACGACUAGUGCAGCUGCUUGUUCGAGCACACCAGGACACGCAGCGUCGCACGUCCAUGGGGGGAACCCAGCAGCAGUUUGUGGAGGGGGUCCGCAUGGAAGAAAUAGUUGAAGGUUGUACUGGAGCCCUCCACAUCCUGGCUCGGGAUGUUCACAAUCGGAUCGUAAUUAGAGGAUUAAACACUAUUCCACUGUUUGUGCAGUUGCUUUACUCUCCCAUCGAGAAUAUCCAAAGAGUAGCUGCAGGGGUCCUCUGCGAGCUGGCUCAGGACAAGGAGGCUGCAGAAGCCAUCGAAGCCGAGGGGGCCACGGCUCCUCUGACGGAGUUGCUUCACUCUAGGAAUGAAGGAGUGGCAACAUAUGCAGCUGCUGUUUUAUUCCGCAUGUCUGAGGACAAGCCACAGGACUACAAGAAGCGGCUUUCGGUCGAGCUGACCAGCUCCCUCUUCAGAACAGAGCCCAUGGCUUGGAAUGAGACUGCUGAUCUUGGACUUGACAUUGGUGCUCAGGGAGAGCCCCUUGGAUAUCGCCAGGAUGAUCCCAGCUAUCGUUCCUUUCAUUCGGGUGGAUACGGCCAGGAUGCCUUGGGUAUGGACCCCAUGAUGGAGCACGAGAUGGGCGGCCACCACCCUGCUGCUGACUACCCGGUUGAUGGGCUGCCAGAUCUGGGACAUGCCCAGGACCUCAUGGAUGGGCUGCCCCCAGGUGACAGCAAUCAGCUGGCCUGGUUUGAUACUGACCUGUAAACCAUCCUUUAGGUAAGAAGUUAAAAAAAAAAAAAACAACAAAAAACAAACAAACAAAAAAAGUUUGGGUAAAAUACUUUUACUCUGCCUACAGAACUUCAGAAAGACUUGGUUGGUAGGGUGGGAGUGGUUUAGGCCUAUCUGUAAAUCUGCCACAAAAAAUUACUUAACUUUGAAAGAAGCAGUCUUGGAACAAUUUGAAUGUUCAGAUUUCUGGUGUUACGUAUCAUGUGUGGGAGUUAUUAACUUGAAUGUUUUUGCCACAGCUUUUGCAACUUAACUCAAUGAGUAACAUUUGCUGUUUUAAACAUUAAUAGCAGCCUUUCUCUCUCUAUACAGCUGUAUUGUCUGAACUUGAUUGUGAUUGGCCUGUAGAGUUGCUGAGGGGGCUCGAGGGGUGGGGCUGGUAUCUCAGAAAGUGCCUGACACACUAACCAAGCUGAGUUUCCUAUGGGAACAAUUGAAGUAAACUUUUUGUUCUGGUCCUUUUUGGUCGAGGAGUAACAAUACAGUGGAUUUGGGGAGUGACUCCAGAAGUGAAGAGUGCACAGGAUGGAUCACGAGAUGGAAUUGUCAAACCCUAGCCUUGCUUGUUAAUUUUUUUUAAAAAACAAAAAACAAAAUAUCUGUAAUGGUACUGACUUGCUUGCUUUGAAGUAGCUUUUUAAUUUUUUCUUUUUUUGCAGUAACUGUUAGUUUUUUAAGUCUCUCAUAGUGUUAUGUUAUAGUGAAUACUGCUACAGCAAUUUCUAAUUUUUAAGAAUUUAGUAGUGGUGUAGAACACUAAUUGAUAAUCACUCUAAUUGUAACCUGAAGAAAGUGUAACAUUGUGUAGCCUUUUGUAUAAAAUAGACAAAUAGAAAUGGUCCAAUUAGUUUCCUUUUUAAUAUGCUGAAAAUAAGCAGGUGGAUCUAUUUCAUGUUUUUGAUCAAAAACUUUAUUUGGGAUAUGUAUGGGUAGGUAAAUCAGUAAGAGGUGUUAUUUGGAACCUUGUUUUGGACAGUUUACCAGUUGCCUUUUAUCCCAAAGUUGUUGUAACCUGCUGUGAUACAAUGCUUCAAGAGAUACGGUUAUAAAAUGAUUCAGAAUUAAACUUUUAAUUCAUU